AUUUUUGCUCUAUCCCAUCCCAUCUUUCAUACGCGUUUACAUUGAAUUUGAUAGUUUUGCUACUUUAAUUUUAAUUAAAUAGCAAUUAUGGGGGGUUGCUCCUAAUUGUUGUAAUAAUAAUGCCAAAGGCUUUCGAACGUUUCGUUUUCCGUCUAGUAGUUCAAGAAGAAGUAAAAUUUAGUUACAACAUUUUAGACGUACCAACUACCAAGUAAAAACCAACUUCCAGACUGAGGUUAUGAAAACUAGUGGAAUUGUUGGAUCUUCAAAUAUUAGUGGAACCUGUGAAACUGGCAAAUGUGAUGUAGAGGAUGGAGUUGCACAUAUUCAUGAGUUGAUAUUUUCAAUUUCUAUCAUGGAUAUGUCGCUGGCUACCGCUGGCCUUGAUUGGGCACGCAGUGUGGACGCAGCCAUGGACCAACGCAGCCAAGCUUACCAGGCUGGGCCAGCGACUCGACCAAUAUGUGGAAGCAGGACUGAAAUUUUUAAACAGGUGCGUUUGGAAUGUGUGGUGAGUUUAUUGAAGGCAGCUGUGGCUCCACUCAGCUCAUUCAUAAUGGAGGCACUUGCUCUGAAUCACCCUUUAACGGCCGCCAUUCGCCAACAACUGCAACUGGUUCCAAGCAAAAUGGUGCUGAAAAGUAUCAAUUCAAUGAAACCUACAACACCGACCAUGAGAUAUGACGAUGUGUGAAGCGUUGGCUGAAGGCUGAUGAGGCUGGAGAACUGGAGGAUGAUGAGGAAGGGAAUGCAGACACAGGGGAAAGAGGCAAGCUGAGGCUGGAGAGGCAUUUCGAAGGAGACAAAGGCUGUAGUGCUAAAGAUGCAAGAGAUAUGACGAUGUGUGAAGCGUUGUCUGAAGGCUGAUGAGGCUGGAGAACUGGAGGAUGAUGAGGAAGGGAAUGCAGACACAGGGGAAAGAGGCAAGCUGAGGCUGGAGAGGCAUUUCGAAGGAGACAAAGGCUGUAGUGCUAAAGAUGCAAGUGGAAGAGGAGUCUUAAAAGCAGCUGAUAAAAGAAUGUUUUAUUUUAUGAUUUUAAAAUUCUAAAGAUUUGUUUUUUUAUAUCUUAGUAUCUAUAUAUAAGUGUAAGUCCUAUUAUCAUACAUAGCUUAGUCAGGACUUAUAAUGUGAAAUUUAUCAAAUUAGGAUUUUUUAUUCUAUCAACCCAGUUUUAUUUUUGUACUUUUCGGAUUGUGUUAAAGUAGCUACACACACAUCGAUUUUAUGCAUACGAUUCUUUGCCGUCCUUAUAAAUCCUAUUAGAUUGAACGGAACUUGAUAAACAUCAUCUUCUAAUCUAAUAGAAUUUAUAAGGAUGGCAAACCCAAAACUUUGUACGUCCAAAAAUCGAUGUGCACAAGGACUUGAAAGAAUUGGUUAUAGGGGAUGUCAUUGGCUGGUAUAGAAGACAAAAGAUUUUUGAAAAAUAUGUAUCUAAACUUCUUAAAUGAAGCAAAGAGACAAUAAAUGUAUUGAGCCUGUAUAGAGCGGUGGAUAAAUUAAUGUAAAUUACUUUCAGACCUGUACUAUUUAUUGAAGAGGAAUAAUUAGGAAAUUACAGAAAUAAUGUACCUAGUUGAAUUAGGAUCAUUGAGCAACCUGGAAGGGAAUACAAGUCAUUUUUUUAUGAAAAGGAAGAAGCAGGGAGCUAGCAGUCCUAGAGUUAUCUGAAUUUGUAAGUGAAUUCUCAAAUUAUUCAUUGUAUGUUGGUUGGAACAAACUGUUCAUUGUCGACUUUGGUCAACAGCUAAGAGAAUUGACCUUGACCAUAGUAAAAACCUCUGAACCACUCAGAAAACCACAACAAAACCCUCCCAACAACCGCCACAGCUUGAGCCAACAACUGACCAACAUAUUCAGAUUUUUGUCAACAACUUACAAUAGGUGAUCCCUUGUUGGGGGGGGGGGGGGUAGUAAUAAACAAACGGUGUCAUUUCAAUUAUUAAAAAAAAAAUCUUGGGUUGGGGGAUUGGUAUACUGUAUUUGAGGUAUUCAGGGGGGGGUAUAAAUGUGGGGUAUUCAGAGCGGGUGGUAUUGUACUAAAUUUGAGGUAUUUAGAGGGUCUUUGGGCAUGGUGUGGGGGGUGGACAAAUUUAUUCAUUUUUCAUUUUCAAAUACUUACCUUCAAAAACAAAUACAAAUACCUUAACUGGCCCACACAUGUGGCCUCUGCCUCAAGGCGGCCUCGGGCGCCUCAAGGCCGCCUUCAGGCCUCAGACUCACAACAUGUGUGGAGCCGAUACUUACGUCACAUUCAACUAUAUCUCGUCACACUAUACCUCUACCACAACUCGUAGACAAAAACCCAAUCACCCAAAAACCACAGAGAAUUCAAUUCUCCAUCUUCAUAAUCAUCAUGAUAAUACAGCAACGACCAAACUGUAGAAAUUCCUCCCAGAGAAUAACUUACAAGUCAAGAAUGAACCAGUCUGUUCCAACCAACAUACAGAUUUUACUGUACCCUAAAAAAUCCAGUUUUAUCUGUGUAAAGCAAUGGAUUUAUAGACAAUGACUGUACCAGAAAUUCAUCUGAACCCUCCUCCAUUCUUCAAAAAGAAUUCCCUGCCUUGGCCAUCAAAAGACUGAUGUUUUGAAAAAAAAA